GUGUUUUCGGCGCUUCAUGCGAAUGACGUCAUCAUCCGGGUUAGUUGCUGCCGGUCACACAGGAUCCAAGAUGGCGACUCACAUGUCGAAGUGUAGAACCUGGAGUCGUGUUCAAAGGUUUGGGAUUGCAGCGUACAGAAAAUACAGCAGUGGGGGCCGAUACCCAAAUAUCUCCCUCUCUGAACCGUUGCCUGGGAUCCCAAAACCAGUAUUCGCAUCUGGAGAUGGUCUGGAAAAAUAUGAGACCAAGAUCACUACUCUAGAAAAUGGCCUCAAAGUCGCAUCCCAAAACAAGUUUGGUCAAUUCUGCACAGUUGGAAUUUUAGUCAAUUCUGGAUCCAGACAUGAAGCAAAGUACCCGAGUGGGAUAGCACACUUUAUAGAGAAACUCGCCUUUUCUUCCACAGCUCAGUACGGAAGUAAAGAUGAAAUUCUCCUCACGUUGGAAAAGCACGGCGGGAUAUGUGACUGCCAAACAUCAAGGGACACCACCAUGUACGCGGUGUCUGCUGAAGUGAAGGGUCUGGACACGGUGGUCAGUCUUCUCUCUGAUGCGGUUCUGCAGCCUCGCCUGCUGGACGACGAGAUCGAAAUGACCCGAAUGGCUGUGCGCUUUGAGUUGGAGGAUCUAAACAUGAGGCCGGACCCUGAACCUUUACUCACUGAGAUGAUCCAUGCCGCGGCAUAUCGAGGCAACACGGUCGGACUGCCUCGCUUUUGUCCCGUGGACAACGUGGAAAAAAUUGACAAGGCAAUGCUUCACAACUACCUGCGUAACUACUACUGCCCCGAGCGGAUGGUGCUGGCCGGCGUCGGCAUCGAGCACGAGCAGCUGGUGGAAUGCGCCAGGAAACACCUGCUGGUCGGCGAGCCGGUGUGGGGAACGACCGCAGCGGCCAACGUGGACCUCUCUGUCGCGCAGUACACCGGCGGCAUCGUCAAGAUGGAGAAGGACAUGUCCGAUGUGAGCCUCGGCCCCACCCCGAUCCCAGAGCUCACCCACAUCAUGAUCGGCCUGGAGAGCUGCUCCUUCCUGGAAGACGACUUCAUUCCAUUCGCGGUGCUCAACAUGAUGAUGGGUGGAGGGGGCUCCUUUUCGGCAGGAGGACCCGGGAAAGGCAUGUUCACCCGCCUCUACCUGAACGUGCUCAACAGGCAUCAUUGGAUGUACAACGCCACCGCCUACCAUCACAGCUACGAGGACAGUGGUCUGCUGUGUAUCCAUGCCAGUGCAGACCCCCGACAGGUGCGGGAAAUGGUGGAGAUAAUAACCAGAGAGUUCAUUCAGAUGGCGGGCAGCGCCGGAGAGAUGGAGCUGGAGAGGGCCAAGACUCAGCUCAAGUCCAUGUUGAUGAUGAACCUCGAGUCGAGGCCGGUUAUUUUUGAAGAUGUUGGUCGCCAGGUUCUCUCCACAGGGAAGAGAAAGCUGCCGCAUGAACUGUGUGAUCUAAUAAGCAACGUGACAGCCGGUGACAUUAAGCGAGUAACCACCAAGAUGCUGCGCAGUAAGCCGGCGGUAGCAGCGCUGGGCGACCUGACGGAGCUGCCGUCGUACGAGCACAUCCAGGCCGCGCUGUCCAGCAAGGACGGGCGCCUGCCCCGCAUGUACCGCCUCUUCCGAUAGGUCGUCCCGUCCCACCACGGCUCACUCGGGGAGGGGACUAAUAACAGUGUCUCGGCCUCGCCUCGGAGAGUGGGGGACUGCGAGGAAAGGUUCCAUUUUACUCCACAGUGACCUUUGUCCAACUGCAGUUGGGAGUAUCUGUAUUUAUUGAUUGUGGGCAGAAAGGGUCACUUCAUUAUUAACAGGGAGUUUACAAAACCACAAGACCAACGGGUUAUAUUUACGUUUUGCAAUGAAUGACACUAAAGUAGCGGCGUACAUCUCCAGCAGCCCAGACGUGAAAAUUCCCUUUUUCCGGAGUGGAUGGAUAAAAAAAGAAGCACUUCAUAGUCUCGCUUCACAAACAAAGGAUGUCCAUGGCAGAUGGUCAACGGGUUGGUCCUCCACACUGAAAUCAUGGCUUCUGUCAUCAUGUGUGUAAAGAGAUUGAAAUCUGUGUUUUUUUUUGUAUUCCUGUGGUUGUGUAGAUGCCUUUGCAAAUUAAAAUAUGUAUGUAUAUUG